GCAGUCGUGUUGCAUCCACAUUGGGAGUGGCCGGACGAACAUACAUAACUUUGUGUUGGAGGCAACGGAGUUAUGGAAGACAACUAUCCUUCCCCCCGCUGAUAGGUUUUUCAAGCGUUAUGUUCAAGCCUGGCCAGUAGAGAGCUUAAAGCAUUUUAAGCACACACUCUCACAACGGGGGCCAAUGCCUGCAAACGCGUGGUUGUAAACGAUGGUUUCCCAAUCUACCCGGAUUGUGUGUGUGUGUGUGUUGGGGCAAGCGCAGUCUAUUUGCUCGCUACAAAUCCUCUCCGGAUUGUCGCAUCCCAUUCAUAUGGUUCCGGGGGGCUGACUGCCAUCAAUCAUUUGCACAACAGGCAUCUCCUCAGUCGUCGCGCUCACAUCUCAGAGACGAAUCACACACUCUCGUGUGCACACACGCGCUUUCGUUUGUCAAUCUAAUCGAGCAAUUGAGACGAUUGCCCAAGCUAUAGCGCACGACGUGUCUGUCAAGUCUCGGAACAGUAAAGUCAUCAAUCUGAGACUAGGACGAAAACGGUAAUCGCAAACUGACAGCGCAUCUACCACCACCACCACCACCAUCACGAACUCAGCCAAACUCUGGAUCCAGUACCCCAGUGCAAGCAACACUGCAGCAACCGUCGUCGUCCUCGUCGUCAACGUCAUCAGAAUCCCCACAUCUCCACCUGUUCUUGUCCUUCAAACAGCCACGAUAAACAUGACAUGGUGGGGUGGGCUGACAAUGCGCUUAUUGAUCUAUUCCUACAUCAAUUGUCAAGUCUGACGUGCCUCAACCUCGGCUUAUACUGCACCAGUUUAUCCCCUGCACUGUCUGUCAGAGCUGUCCACCGCCUGUCAGCUUGAGAGCGGAUCAGGCAAAAGAGGCGUGCGCAAGGCUCGGCGUUGAUUGACUCGGACGACAUCUGGCUAACCACAUGUAGCAUCUUUUAUAUUCCUAAAUUUAUCGAUCUGUUUGGGGGAUUACACGUGAUCGAUUUAUGAAUUAAUUGGAGCGAUCUAGCGAACUGUUUGAAGUGACCGCAAGAAAGGCCGUCCGAUACUACAAGCAAUUUUCCAUUACAUCGUAUCAUAAAUCCUACAACUUGGCCAACACUGUUGCGAAAGUACAAAUCCAAUGUCCGUUUUGCUCAGUAACUUGGAUGGUACCGAACGCAUCAAGGAGAAUGACACCGUCACAAACCGAUUCAGUCCGUCCUCCCAGUCAAUGUUACCAACUUUGACCUCUUCACCCCCCGGAAACUCAGAAAAAAGCGGGGUGCGACUCACUAACUCAUCCACUCCAACGGACAGUCCAUUUUACGCCAGAUCCGCCAACUCCAUACUUUGGUCCACAGCAAACUGUUCGUCCAAUUUGGCUCCGUACUCAGCUCCUACCAGCACCGGGAGUUUCCGCCAAUCGGACAUCAACCCAGUGGACAACGUAACGGAACUACGGCGCCACGUCGAGGCGAUCGAAAGUCAUCCGCUGUACCCAUUGCUGGCGUUGAUCUUUGAAAAGUGCGAAUUGGCCACUUGUACUCUCCGUGAUGACAACAGCAGACAUUCCAAUGAUAUCUGCUCAUCGGAAUCGUUCCACGAGGAUAUCCGGGUGUUCACUAAGGAGAUGGGCGCCUCAAAUCGCCCCAUGUUCACAGCGGAUCAGGAAAUGAAUUUGCUGAUCGUCCAAGCGAUACACGUGCUACGGUUCCAUUUGAUGGAAAUUGAAAAGGUACACGAGCUCUGUGACAGCUUUUGUGCACGAUACAUCGCCUGUUUAAAAGGAAAAAUGCCCCUUGACCUCGUUUGUGAUGAUCGCGAAUCGGCGGCGUCCACUGGGUCAGCCUCCAGCCCCAUGCCUGUCCGACCAUGUACCCCAACCGUCUUCAGCGAUAUCGGGGACUGCGUAGCCAACUCUACAGGAGUCACUACCUAUUCCGCCUUGCUGAACGGCUCAGCCCCACAUAUGAGUAGCACCUACGGCUCUUGUUCAACAGACAAGGUAGAUCCCAUGGAGUACGCGAGCUCCUUGUCAUUAGCAGACAAGACAUCUUAUCAUCGAGAUAGACUCUCCUACAAAGCGCCAGAAUUGACUGAGGCGGAAAAGUGUCGCACAACCGGCUCAAUCUGCUCCAAGAGAGAAAAAGAAUCUGUCUCUUCCUCCAGUACUUUAUCCAUAGACCCGACAUCUCCGUCUGCGCCAUGUGCCUCUCUUUGUCGAAGUUAUUCCAUGACACUGCGAGGUGCUUCUAAUACACCCCCAAUCACGACUCCUUCCUUAGCAACUCAAGACAUGGAGAAUGGACAGCCCCAACUUCGGAGAUCUCCCCUCCCCCAAUACCCACCAGCUGCUGCGCGCGUCCUCGAACCAUUUUAUGCCUCCUCGUCGUACCCCAUGAACAUCCCGUCUUUCAAUACUGUCGAUUCAACAGCCUACGAUUUGUCCUCAUCUUCCCGGAGACCCGUGUUCAACCCCGCCAAUUACUACAAUCAAUACUUUUCUCAGUAUAUUCGUGCAAGUGAACUGAGUCAUUUUCCGCAUCACUUUGACAUGGAUUACUCAGAUCGCAUCUCUUCUUCUAACACAAACCAGUUGCACCAAUCUUAUGAGUUCAACUAUCCGUAUCCUCCCUACGGUGGAAUGGCUUCAAUCCCCGGGAGCACGAACACUUCCUCCCUACACCAUCCGGGUCCGUCCACUUUGUCCACCACAUCACCGGGUGUCUACCAUACGGUGAGCCCGUAUCAGCAGCCCUUUCGAGAUCAAGCCGGCUACUUUACCAAGCUGAACCGGUGUAAUGUUGUCUCACCGACGGUAUGCUCUCCCGGCUUGACGAAUUGCUUUCCAGAUUACGGUGCGUUCCAUCUAUCUUCAUCACCACCGAUUCCCUGUCGAUCACCAUCCGCUAACAGGCCGAGUAAAAGACCACCCCAGUCAAUGAGUCGAUCGGAUCCAAUCAUAUCCCCCGGUCACCAUGAACGACUGAUGAACGGUGAGCUCUGCGAGCACGAUAGGACCACGGUGGCCAGACCACCACACGAGAUCGGGACUUCAGAAGACAACGGAUCACAGAAAGAUCUCUUAGAAGAUAUGGAACCGGAGAGCCGGGGAGACACGAAGCGGCAGAAGAAACGCGGAAUCUUUCCCAAAGUGGCCACCAAUAUUAUGCGUGCUUGGCUGUUCCAACAUCUAACGCAUCCCUAUCCCUCUGAAGAGCAGAAGAAACAAUUGGCCCAAGACACCGGGCUCACCAUAUUGCAGGUGAACAACUGGUUCAUCAACGCGAGACGCCGGAUCGUGCAGCCGAUGAUCGAUCAAUCAAAUCGUACAGAUCCCCACGGAUAUUCAUCCACGGAGGCUCCUCCGCCCUGCGUCAACUAUAUGGACAGUGCCCCUUACGCGGCAUACACUCGGGUCGCACAAGCAGCUGCCGCGGCUGCCGGAUUCGCCAAUCAUUCAAAUGCCAACGACAUGUAUCUAGCAGCCGCCGCAGUUGCCGCUGCCGUGUCCGCCGGGAACCCGUUACCUGGGCCGAACGAACCAGCAAGUCGGAUAGGCUCCGGUUUCUUAAACAGCCAAUGCGCUAUGGCUAGUAGAAAGAAUCUAAACGACCCAUCACCCCUGUCGGCAAGCAACACUUUCAUGUCCGAAUUCCUAAGAGCAGAAUAUCGAGGAGUGGAUCAUUUGGAUUCCGGUGGACAUCCCCCUUCCGUGUCGUGCAACGGUCUGUUGCCGGCAGCAGUGGCCGCCGUUGCCGCUGGCGGAGCAGAGGGCUCUACCGGAGGAGCGCCUUCGUCGUCCUCAUCGUACUACGGUCAAUUCGACCCCUUUGGUGGGGCAUAUCCGCUGAACAAUUCCGCACUGGCUGCCUACUACGCCGGUGGAAUGGCGGCAGGUACCACAAAUGGAUUCGAUACUCCCUCCACAUUCUACGGCAAUUCAAGUGGAAUGAACACGUAUUUCGGUGGAUAUCCCCCUGUCCGGGGCUAUCGAAUGACCAGCGCAAGUACAGAAAGCGAUGGCAGCCACGGGAGUGAAGCUGGGAGUAUCGGUGGAGUUAGUCGUCGAUUGGUUAACGCUACAGGACUGGCGAACUGACGUCGGAAAUAUGGGGAUCCACUCACGACGAUGUCUGUUCGAGAGUUUCCGGUUUUGGAACAUGCACUCACGCAGUUGUACGCUUUUUUACUACCUACUGAUGUUGACUUCGAUUCACCCAUUGUGAUGCAAAACAAGACUAAUUUUUGACGUGUAUUUCUGAUGCACCAACCGACCAUAACCACUCGUACAGGGUAUCAUGAUUUCAUGUAAUAUUUACGCUUCUAAACUUGACCGUGCAGACCACUCUACUGGGUCUUCAUCUGCGCAACACGUUUUUGAUUUCAUAGAUAAUCAAUUCUUACGGUUUUCUUGAUUUCGCCGUUACCAUCUUUGGUAGUCGACUUAGUUCAACUGCUUUUUAUCCCGAUAGUUUCGAUUUUCUUCACUUUCGGUCCCAGUCAAGUUGCGCUCUAACAUUCAACUUCCCAGCGGGAUUUGUGAACUGCCCGACUACCCUCACCUUCCUUCAUCUACACCUAAUUGUAAAUUUAUCAUGCGUGACAACUUCCCCCGUGGAUAUUUGACUGUCCGGUGUGGUUGAAAUGUGAUAUCUGUGCCACCGGGUCGAUACAUUGUUUGAGCAUCAUC